CUAAUUUUCUAUUGAUAUAAACUGACAGCUCUUUAAACUUAAGACAACACAAACACAUUUUCCUUCUCAACAUCUUAAGUAGACGCAGGACCAAGUUUCUAAACAGACACACUCGUCGACUGCUCUCUCUCCCUCUUUCGCUCUCUCGUAGAGAAGUCAUGAAAGGACAAAACCAAAGCUCAACAUCUUCUUGUAACAUCCAUCCAAUAGAUUUUGUUGAAGGUGUGUGUCCUAUCUGUCUCAACGAGAGGCUUCUAGUAUUGGCUUAUUUACAGAGAAGACAUGCUCCAUCUCCUUCUCCUUCUCCUUCCUACCAUACCAUCCAAGGACAGAAAGUCAGUUCCCAAAAAUCUUCCAAGAAUAAAAACAUCAGACUCUUCUCGUUCCUUCGCUCCUUCCAACUGCGAGAGCAAAAGUCUAAUCAGCGAACCAACUCCAUCAUCAGUCCAGAAGAUUUAUUCAUUUCGAUUAAUUUCAAAAACAACGGAACAACUUCAUGGGAAAAGGAAAAGGAAAGUUACCAACUUGAACACUCCAAGGCUUCACGCGAUCAUCGAUAUCAACAUAUCACAAAGAAGAAAGAUAUUUUUCCUCGGCUCAUGCAACGGCCUCUGUUGACGUGGAGCAAACAGAUUGGCAGAAUCAUACACGUCAUCAGUUUCAGGAGGCAGUCUAGCGCGAAGAUUAAAGGGGAUGAUGAUGGCUUGAGUAGAAGUAGCUUGAAGCCUUCGCCCCUAACCAAAAAGAAAACGCACAGUCUGGAAUCUUCUGUAUAAUCAUUUUUGUUACAACAGCGGCGGACCGAGCAAAAAAUUAUGUGAGAUCGUAUUAUAAAUAAAAUUGUGUAAAUCUGAUUUUU